CCCUGCAAGAGUCAGUGAAGCCUUCUUGCCUCCCACACUCCCUGUUGUCGGCACGAUGCGAGCAAUUAUAAUCCUUUGCCUCCUGGAGUUUGCCUUUGCUAACUAUUCCUGGAAUGGACCCUCCGAAGGGGAGGACGAUGCCAGCCCGGAAGAACCAUGUCUCAUAGACCAUGAGGCGUCGUGUGGCUGCUGCAUGAUGCAGCAAAAGAUACAUCGGAUGCAGCUGUUCUUCAACAAGAGCCUCGAAGCGCUGGAGAAGGAGUUAGAUAAAACUCAAAACACCCUCGUCAAUAUGAGAGCGAGUCGCAGUGCCUUCUCUGUGGCUCUAACUAACAGCGAUGAGUUGACGUGCGUCGGACCCUACCGUGAAGACCACCUCAUCGUUUACAAACACGUUUUUCUCAACUUGGGGAACGGCUACGACGUGAACAACGGGGUCUUCGUUGCCCCCCGCGCCGGCGUGCACAGCCUGGCCCUGACGGUCUACAGCGACGCCGGUUCCCCCGGUAACAGCUUGGCCGCCUGCGCCAGUCUGCAAGUCAACGAUAAAAUGGUGGCCGAGCCCAGAGAGAAAAACGCGCAAGACCAAGAAGAUAGUGCCUCUAUCGCCGUGGCCCUCCACCUUAAGGCCGGGGACAAGGUGGCUGUCAAUCUGCCCAUUGGAUGCUUCCUUUGUGACGACAAAAGCCAUCGCAACACUUUCACCGUCUUUCUUCUUUAUGCUACUGACUGAAUUAAAAAAAACAAAAAAAACCCAGUCAGUCAAUCCAGUUCUGAUGUUUGGUCUCUUAUGAAAGCUGAGUAAGGUCCCAUCUUUGCCUGGAUAGAUGUCCAAAUUCAACACAUUUCUACUUUCUGUGCAUUUUGAUCAAUCACUGGUCUUCAAUGUUUUAAUUACUGUUGGAAUAAUAAAAAUGCCAAUGUCCAUGCUCUGACCUUUCACCUUAUAGUUUUAAAUCUCUUGCUGUAAUAAGAAUGAUUGUUUAUUAGAUUUACCUGUAACAUUGCAAAUACAAAAAUGUGUGUUUGUCACAAUCAUGCAAUAUGUGCUUUUGUCUGUUUUUUUUAAACAUAUAAUUAUGUGAUUAAAAAGCCCA